GAAUCAAUCGAGAGCAAAAGGAAGAUGCGUCAAUGUGGUUCUCACCAUGCAAAUAAGGUUUCAGGGUGACUAUUUAGCCACCACUAUAAUAAGGGAACGUGCGUAAGAUCGAUGGUAAUUUAAGCCUAUCAGGUAGCCAGUCCGUCAGUCCGUCUGCGAACCUCCCCUCCCCCCACCACACCUUCAGUCGAGGAGCAAGAGCACCCCACGCGCCCGCCUUGAUAUUUUGAACGAUCGACUACGAGGUGCUGCUCUGAUGGAGCACAUUGUUGUUCCGCCUAAUGUACCGAGAGUGCUCCUUCGUCGACGGAGUUCGGGAAGUAGUCAUGCUGGAAGUGAUCACGAGCGCAGCCCCGAGGUUCCGACGGUAGAUGUUAUUCUGGACAACAGUCUGCCGGCAGAGCAGCUUAAACGCGAGGUGUUGAUGCUCAUUCUGCGACUCAAGUUGCCAAGAUGGCGGUCGUUGCCCAUCUCUGAAUAUCCGUUCAUUAAGAUAUCGCGGAUAUCAGGUGCUCUCACAAACGCCGUAUAUUGCGUCAGCCCGCCCGCGCAGUAUAUGCAUCCUUCCCACAGAGCUCACCACACGGAGCCACAUACUCCAGCCGACUCUGGCAGCUCGCAGAAAUUACCACGUCCCAAGAGCGCUACGUCUCUAGUUCACAUUGGUCAUAUUCCCCAGCUGCUUCUCCGCGUCUACGGGCCCAAUACGUCGCAGAUCAUCGAUCGGGCCACCGAGCUCGCGGUGCUCAAGCGCCUCGCGGCUCGCAACAUCGGUCCUCGGAUCCUAGGCAUUUUCACCAACGGCCGCUUCGAGCAAUUCCUCAAAGCUACGACGCUGACGAAGGAAGAUAUCCGCAAGCCUGAGGUCAGUCGUGGUAUCGCCAAGCGGAUGCGUGAGUUACACGACGGCGUUGAUUUGACGAUGGACGAGCGGCUGGGUGGACCUGGUCUAUGGAAGAAUUUUGCAAAGUGGAGCAUGGAUGCGAAGGAAGCACUUGAUCGGCUUGAUAAGUUGGUUCCUGAGGAUCAAGAUCCGAAUGCGAAUCCGUGCGGGCCACCUUGGACUACGAAGAAAGUGUUGAUGGCGGAUUGGCCUACGUUCAUGGAGGGCGCGAGGAGAUAUAAGGAAUGGCUGGAGGCUGCUUAUGGUGGAGAAGAGGCGGUGAACAAGGGCCUAGUGUUUGCCCACAACGACGCUCAAUACGGAAAUCUACUGCGAGUAGAGCUGCCGCUAGGAUCUCCGCUCCUGCAGCCUGCUCAUGAGCACAGAGCACUGGUUGUCAUAGACUUUGAGUACGCGAGUCCUAAUACGCGAGGCUAUGACAUUGCGAAUCAUUUUAGUGAAUGGAUGGCGGACUAUCACCAUCCUACGCGGCCGCAGGAUCUACAUUCCGAAAAAUUCCCAAAUCUUGAGGAACGUUCCCGAUUUAUUGAGAGCUACGUCACGCACACGUUCGAGGACUUUGAUGAGCUUGAGACGAUCGACAAGAUGAUUGCGGUCCUACAUAGCGAGGCGACCAAAUGGAAUGCGGCAUGCCAGCUCGGCUGGUGCGUUUGGGGAAUUAUCUCUGCAAAGAUAGAUGCUGAGCCGGAGGAAGACGAGGAAGGGUUUGUCGACGUGGUUGAGAGCAAUCAGGAGACGGCUAAGGAAACGCUCGAGGCGGAUCCGUUCGAUUACCUCGAUCAUGCUUCUCAGAGAGCUGCUCUGUUCUGGGGCGAGCUGGCGGUGCGCGGGAUCCCUAUCCCGGAAGGAGUAGAUAUGACUAGGGCGAUGUACUUGGAGAAGCCCAGAGACAAAGGACUAGUUACUGAAAAGAGCGAAUAGACUGUGUGUCUUUUCGUAGCUAUGAGCUCUGUAUUAUGAUCACUAUAGUAAAUACAAUAAAGUAGUGUAUGAGCAU